AUGUCGGGGCACAGCACCUGGGAGGUGGGCUGGUCGGCGGCGAAGAAGGACUGGUGCUGCCAGCACUAUCCCCCGCUUGGCUGCCGCAACUCGACCACAGAUCCGUUCGACUGCACGGCGGGCGAGGCUCGGUGGAGGGUCGGGUGGUCGGAGGCGAAAAAGUCCUGGUGCUGCAGGAGCCACCCGCCAGUCGGGUGCCCUGCUGACCAGUCUGAACGCUCCGUACCGUUCGAUUGCCUGGAUGUUACCAGCGGUUGGGAGAUCGAGUGGUCGGAGGUGAAAAAGAGAUGGUGUUGCCACGAGAAGACGGGAUAUGGCUGCCCCGUGGCGAACGGAUCAGCGCCGACUAUUACGAGUCUGGAAUCCGUUGUAACGAACACAACAUUUUCAUCUACGACGAUUCCGACGACAACAUCGACGACAUUUUCCAUUGUCUCGAAUUUCAUAGACUCGAAUGAUACAACUUUGAAUGCUGCAGCCUCUAACUCUACAACUUUGAAUGCUACUGGGCCGGUCGGCGGAUUCCUACAACCUCGACAUCUACAACCUCGAAGUCUACAGCCUCGAAAUCCACAGCCUCGGACUCUUCAGCCUCAAAGUCUACGCCCAUCAAAUCUGACACAGCGACAACCACUACGCCCAUGA